GGGAGAGCCCUUGUUUCCAUAUCUCUUAUUGGGUUAUCGUCGUUAUUCUUAUUAUUUUAUUUUAAUUUUUUGGCCUCCGCUCUGCUACCCUUCCGAGUUCCGUCUCCAAUCUCUUCUCCCUUUUUCUGUUGUCUCGCCUGACGCAGGGAGAGAGAAAACGGCUUCUGUUCGCCAUUAACGAGCUCUGUUCUUCAUUAGAGGUGUAGGAUUGCCGAACAUAAUUUUUGGAGUGGGUUAUGGCUGGGAGUGUGAGCGAAGAGUAUGGGGCUGGGAGGUCUAUGGAGGGUAUUUCAAGCGCACAGCGUUGCCAAUCUGGGGAAGCUCUGGCAGAAUGGCGGUCCUCCGAGCAGGUUGAAAAUGGAAUCCCGUCUACUUCACCCCCUUACUGGGACUCUGACGACGAUGAUGAUUAUGGGCCAAAACCAUCUGAGCUAUAUGGAAAAUUUACAUGGAAGAUAGAGAAUUUUUCACAGAUUAACAAAAGAGAACUUCGGAGUAAUGCAUUCGAGGUUGGCGGUUACAAAUGGUAUAUUUUGAUCUACCCACAAGGAUGCGAUGUUUGCAACCAUCUUUCUUUGUUUCUUUGUGUAGCUAAUCAUGACAAGCUUCUCCCAGGAUGGAGUCAUUUUGCUCAGUUUACAAUAGCUGUGGUGAACAAAGAUCCUAAGAAAUCGAAAUACUCAGAUACAUUACACCGGUUCUGGAAGAAAGAGCAUGAUUGGGGGUGGAAAAAAUUUAUGGAGCUGUCAAAGGUUCAAGAUGGUUUUGUUGAUGGUGACACUCUUGUUAUAAAGGCUCAAGUCCAAGUUAUUAGGGAGAGAGCAGACCGCCCUUUUCGUUGUCUUGAUUGUUUGUAUAGGAGAGAACUGGUUCGAGUAUAUCUAACAAACGUUGAGCAAAUUUGUCGGCGCUUUGUGGAAGAGAGGAGAGGCAAGCUUGGGAAGUUGAUUGAAGACAAAGCGAGAUGGUCAAGCUUCUGCUCUUUCUGGUUAGGAGUUGACCAAAAUACGAGGCGCCGCAUGUCCAAGGAGAAAUCUGAUAUGAUCUUGAAGGUUGUGGUGAAGCAUUUCUUUAUAGAGAAGGAAGUAACCUCUACAUUAGUGAUGGAUUCACUCUAUAGUGGUUUGAAGGCUCUUGAGGGCCAGAGCAAGAGCAAGAAAGGGAGAGCAAAACAAUUGGAAAAUGAAGAAACACCAGCUCCUAUUAUUCGGGUUGAGAAAGACAUGUUUGUCUUGGAAGAUGAUGUAUUGCUACUACUUGAAAGGGCUGCAUUGGAGCCACUGCCUCCAAAGGACGAGAAAGGUCCUCAAAAUCGCACAAAGGAUGGGAAUUCUGGAGAAGAAUCGAACAAGGAUUCCAUUGAGCGUGAUGAAAGACGUCUUACAGAACUUGGUCGGAGGACGGUAGAAAUUUUUGUCCUAGCCCAUAUUUUCAGCAAUAGAAUUGAAGUUGCAUACCAGGAAGCUGUUGCUUUGAAGAGGCAAGAGGAGCUCAUACGCGAGGAGGAGGCAGCUGGGCAAGCUGAAAGUGAACAAAAGGCGAAACGUGGAGCAGCAGAAAAGGAGAAGCGUUCUAAGAAAAAACAGGCUAAACAAAGACGUAGCUGUCGGAAAGGAAAAGAUAGAGGAAGAGAUGAAAAGUCCGAUGUGGCUGUACAAGAUAAGCACCAACAAGGAAGCAAUACUGAUGGGAGAAUGGUGGACCUACCUGAAAAGCAGCCGAGACCUGUGCUUGAAAAGCCUGAUGUGCUGGAAGAUGUUUCUGAUAUAUCUGAUAUAGGAGAUUCUGUUGCUGAGUCACAGCCUGAUUUGGAAGACAGAGAUGCUAGUCCUGUCAAUUGGGAUACAGAUACAUCAGAAAUUCAUCCUGCCACAGAAGUCAGUAGCAGUGGAAUGAGUAUCCUACCUGUACAAAAUGGACGAGUGGAGAAGAGGAGCCCAUCUGUAAUGGAUGACAGCUCCUCAACAUGUUCUACAGAUUCAGUUCCGUCAGUGGUAAUGAAUGGGCCUUGCAAAGGGAACUGGACUCCAAACCACAAAAGUCAGACAUCUCCUGGAAGAGGGAAGAACCAGCGUGGUAACGAUACACAAGACCAGACUCCUUGGGGUCAUGAAGAGAAUCAGCCAUCUGACCCAACUUCAGAUAGUGGACUCCAUAAUGAUGCUUCUGACAGCUUUACAGCACCUGAACCUGAAUCAGAAGCUGUUGUUGAAUCAUUGAAAGAUCGGAUACAGUGGCUUGAGCAGCAUUUGGUUGAGAAGGAAGAAGAAGUUUCUUCUCUGCAAAGGAAACUAAGUGUGAAAGACCAGGUUGAUGUUGACAGACCUUUGAAACAGAGCAAUGCAGUGGAAUCAUCAGCUUCCUCUCCUAGCAGUCCCACCAGAAAUUUUCCCACUAUUGUGCAGCCAAAGUCGGUUGCUGAGAGCACUGCUCCUGCUGUGUCAGUUACAGUAAGCGAGAUAUCUACAAAAAGCCCCAGACAAAUGGAGAAAGCGGUUACUCAAAUAACACAACCACCCCAGAUUUCUGAUUUGUCCAAAUCGGAGACUCAAAGGUCCGUGUCUUCACCAAAAGCACCGGUCCUUCCAGCGGAGAAGCCAACAGUACAGCAAGUUUCUGCAAUGUCUAGGCCCUUAAGUGCUCCCCUGAUCCCUGGCCCCAGACCCACUCCUCCCAUUGUUUCCAUGGUUCAGACGGCACCUUCAUUAGCAAGGUCAGUGAGUGCAGCCGGAAGAUUAGGCGCUGACCCCUCGCCAACAACCCAAAGUUAUGUUCCUCAUUCCUAUAGAAAUGCCAUAGUAGGUAAAACUGCUUCUGCAAGCACAACUGGUUUUGUUCCCCGUCAUUCCAAUUCUGCUUCCAACCCAUCUCCUGCCUUUUCUCAACCCCCAUCUAUGAUGGCAUCUUCACUGAUCCAGUCACCUCGGAGCUCCACAAGUAAGGAUCAUGGCAUGGUUAGGCCAGGCUUCACUUUUGGCACAGUAACUCCAGAGAUACUGCAGAAUCGACCUCAGUGGAUGGAAGAAUGCUCCCAAAGUGAUGCCAACAGUGUAUUAUGCAGUCCAUCCCUGUUGAAUAACAUUCCAAACCUUGAUUUCUAUGGUUCUGGCAGCCGUGGUUCUCGAACAUACUUCAGUGAGGAGUUGCCUGCUGGUUUGUCUUCUCGCCAAGCACAAGGGUUGUCAGCAGAUGAGUUUCCUCACCUUGAUAUCAUUAACUACUUACUUGAUGAGGAACACAGCAUAGGGAAGGCAGCUAAGGCUGGUGCAGUCUUCAAUGGUACAAAUAAUGGACAUCACCACCCCUUGAGUCGGCAGUUCACUUUUCCUAGUGAUAUGAGUAUGUCCAUGGACAUGGCCCCCUCAGUCAACUGUUGCAGGUUAGACCGUCCAUCUCCAUCUGUCUACAAUGAAGAUGGGAGGCAGAGGAUCUAUGGCUCUUCCAGUAGUCACUUCGACGGGCUAAGGGAUGUGAUUCCUCAUGUUGGUCUUUCAGGUUAUGGUAAUGGUCAGAUUGAUGGGGUGAUGCAGAACCAGUGGCCUCUGGUUGGUGCUGAUUUAUCCAUGCUUGCGAUGAGGAACACCGAGGGUGAUGGUUACCCAUUUCAGCACCCGGAGUAUUCUAAUUUGGCAUGUGGGGUUAAUGGCUACACUGUAUUCCGGCCUUCAAAUGGACACUGAAGGGGUACUGUGACCGAGGGAGAGUGCCUGCAAUCAAUUGGUCAUCAUCUGUCCUAAUAAUGUAUGUCAGGAAAUUCCCCUUAGUUUUGGGAGUGAGGUUGUAAUCCUUUGAUAAGAAAACGUUUUGUAAAGAGUGAUUCUGCCUUCUUUGCUUCA